AUGUCCUUUUAUCGUCCUUUAUCAAUUGUUAAUAUUAAUUCUCCAAAUCUAGACGAGCGGGUUAAGUACAGAAAAUGCAAAUAUUUUACAAAUAUUAUAGAAGCUAAAGACGAAUUUGUUACAGUAAUUUGCAAUACUCGUGACAAUAUAGUUUACCACCAAUACUUUUUAUUUGCACUGAAAAAAGAUAUUUAUCCUGAAGAGUCAAACAAAUUUUUGUACAAUAAAACAGGCUACAAUGUCAUUGUGAUGGGCAUUGACGCAGUGUCAAGGUUGAACUUCCAUAGAACAAUGCCGAAAACAUUAUCAUUCUUACAAAAAAAAGGCGCUAUAGAGUUAUUAGGCUACAACAAAGUAGGAGAUAAUACAUUUCCUAAUUUAAUACCUAUGUUAAUGGGAAUAUCAGAGAAAGAAAUAAAAACUACAUGUAUCCCAAAUAAGGAAUCAACAUUUGAUAACUGUCCUUUUGUUUGGGAAUGGUUUAAGGAAAAUGGUUACUAUACGGCUUUUGGCGAGGAUAGUUCAAAGCUUGGAACUUUUAACUAUGUAAAAAAUGGAUUCAUAAAAUCACCAACAGAUUAUUACAUACACACCUUUAUAAAUGAAGCCGAAAAAAAUGCUGGUAAACUGGACUCGAAUAAAUAUUUGGACAACACUGUUAUAUUUUUAGUCAGCGAUCAUGGAAUGAGAUGGGGUGAAAUAAGGUCAACCAACCAAGGUUGGUUAGAAGAACGUUUACCACUCGUCUUUAUCUUAACACCUCCAGCAUUUCGCAAAAAAUAUAAAGAAGCAUUCAUCAAUCUCAAACUAAAUAGUCAUCGUCUUACCACGCCUUACGAUUUACACGCCACCUUGGUUGACUUGUUAGACUUGGAAACUAUUGAAGAUAAAAUUAUUGACCUUAGAAAAAAGCAAUCAAACGUAGAACGUAAAGGUAUUAGUUUGUUUUUACCUGUAACUACCAACCGAACCUGCGCUAUGGCCCAUAUUAAUGAUCAUUGGUGUAGUUGUCAUAGGGGGCAAAGAUUGUCAACUAAAGAUGAAAAAUCUAUGACAAUUGCUAUUAUAUUUCUACAACAGUUAAACAAAAUAUUGGAAGGAUAUAGUCAAUGUGCCCUUCUGAAUAUAACUGAAUUAGUAAGCAUUAAACAACUAGAAAUCAAUUCAUCUGAACAAAUCAAAUGGAGUGAAUACAUGGUAGUAAUUAAAACAACGCCUGGUGACGGUUUAUUCGAAGGUACCCUUCGCUACGAUAAUAACAAAUGGUUUGUUGUAGGAACUAUCAGCCGUCUGAACCUUUAUGGUGACCAAAGCCGUUGCGUAAGCAAUAAUUAUUUGCUUAAGCUGUACUGUUACUGUACAUAA